UUGUUCUACGCAGUUAGUGAGGGUGAUUUCUUUGUCACCAUGUCUGGACGCGGGAAGCAAGGAGGAAAAGCUCGUGCUAAGGCUAAAUCUCGCUCGUCCCGGGCUGGUCUGCAGUUCCCCGUUGGCCGUGUGCACCGUCUACUUCGCAAGGGCAACUAUGCAGAACGUGUCGGGGCUGGCGCGCCUGUUUACCUGGCUGCCGUACUUGAGUAUCUGACAGCUGAAAUCCUGGAACUGGCGGGCAACGCGGCCCGCGACAACAAGAAGACCCGCAUCAUCCCCCGCCAUUUGCAGCUGGCCAUCCGUAACGACGAGGAGCUCAACAAACUGCUGGGCAAAGUGACCAUCGCUCAGGGCGGCGUCCUGCCCAACAUCCAGGCUGUGUUGUUGCCCAAGAAGACUGAAAGCCACCAUAAGGCCAAAGGAAAAUAAGGUUGAUGUAUAAUUAGCCGUGUUGAUAAAAUCUUCUA